GGUCCACAAGGUGCUGGUCGGAAAACGAUAGUGCAGACGUGUCUUCGAAAACUGGCGCCGUCUUGGACGCAGUUUUUUAUGUGGUGAUAAGAUUCCAAAUGUUUUAGGCUCGUGUUGAACAAGAACCAAGGAAACGAAUGCAGUUUUUAUAAUAAAUACGUCGUCGUGAUUGGGCAUCACAGCUUCGUAGGCCUUCCCACUCUUACUCUACUCCUCUAAUCCAUGCGAUCAACCUGUACUGGCUGGCCAGAGGCGGGUAGCCACUCCUGGAGGAGAGCCUGAUGCAAAACGAACCCGUUGUGGCACACCCGAGGUAGCAAGAAGUGGUCGACGACUCAAAGUACGACAACCAGAACAAGACCUUCGCUCGUCUGAACAACAGUCACAACCUUCUGGAUGUAACAACUUAAUUAAGGUCGGCACGUCGUCAUCCUGCGCAUCAUCUUCGCAACCUUCGAAUAUAGCAGGUUCGAACACAAUCAUGUCCACAACAUCAACCUCCGCAUCAUCCACUAGUGCGGCCAACAAGAACAAGUCUCGUGUGUUGAAGCCCAUUUACCUGGCGAAUACGACUGUGAUGGAUGACCAAGCAUUGUUCCGUAGCAUGAUCCACCAACUGGGCGAGCACGAGCAAGUAGUAGCCGAUGAUAAUAGCCAGCGGUUGCAGUGGCUUUCGGAAUGGAUCGGAUUUUAUACGAAUUAUGGCGGCAACAUGAUGAAUCGAACAGUACUCAUUCUUUUUCUGUUGCAGCAUGCAGCAUUAGAUUGUGAGUGUGACACAGUAUGGGAGGGCGAGAGUGAAAGAUAUUACUUCAGAUAGACUAGUACCCACUUUCUUACCACAGUAGUAGUAGUAAGUACUUCAUCUCUUCUAAGAAAUACAAGGCUAUUCCGUUGUCCUUGUGGUGGACGAGUUUGAGUCGCUGCUCCUGGGUGGGACAGACCGACUUCUCUACAGUGUUUUCGACAUGAUGACGGACGAAAAGCGAGUGUUUCACUUUUUCAUCGUCGGCGGCUGCAAUGACCCUGGAGUCUUUUCUAGACUCAACAAGCGCGUUCUCUCUCGCCUAGAGUUGAACGCUUUCCACUUACACACGCCAUCGUUGGUGCAGAUUGUCGAUAUAGUCCGAGCUCAUUGGAAAUAUGCGGUAGAGGAUCAUGAAAGUGUAUGGAGAACGGGUUAAUAAGGUGUUUUGCCAGAACUAGACAAUCACUCCUCCUGCAGUCUUCAUUUAAGAUCCAUGUUUCAACAACAUUUUUUCAAGCAUCCUCUUCCUCUCCAUGAUAAUGUCCUUGCCCUCCAGGAUCCCUCCUUCACCACUUCUCUUUCAUCCCCUCCCCUCUCUGCCACGGAAGGCGAAUGGUACACGAAUCUGGACAUGUUGUUGCAUUUCUACGAACAAAGCAAGCUUUGGCAAGAGGCAAUAGAGAAUGGUGCGGACAUCCGAUGGUUUCUUCGGCAAGCUAUUGGCCAAUAUCGAGAGUUUUUCCAAGGCAGGAUUGCGGAAGUGGCAAUCCCUGUGGCGAGAGUGAUGGAGGUACUUACGUUGUAGACUCUAUCUUAAAUACCCUGCAAGCAUUUAUACCCCACGAUUGGGUACAACACUACUACUACUCCUAGUGCUGCCAUUGACUGUCUUCUGCACUAACUUUACGACCCCGAGCACCAGCACAUAGCACAUAUAUGGAUUUUAUCCUAAUUAUCCACUUGUGUGUGUUAAUGUUAUUCUCACCGCCGACCUCCAUCUUUUCUCCCAGCUCGCCCCUUGGAUCGAAAAUGGUCGCUGGUUGCCAGAGAGUCUAGAUGAGUUCGAUUGCGUCAACCUGGUCGCACUUCAUAAGUUGCAACAGAGAAAAGGGACUUGCGACGCCAAAGCGUGGCGAGAUGUCUGGCGAGAGAUCAACGCAGGUCUGCUCUCUUCACGCGGACAAGACGAAGAGCUUACCUAUAGAGGAAGUUUUGAUUAUGAUAGUUACCCUUUUCUCUUUUAUAUCUUCCUCUGUCUGGUCUGCCUUUUUUCUAGUUAGGUCGGCUCCACCACAAUUAUGGUGUUGUAUUUUCCUUUGCUACCUAUAGAGGAUGUUUUGACUACGCCCACGGUUUCCUAAUUACAGGUUUUUAGCUCCACCACUGUUAUGCUUAUGGUGUCGUAGAAGUAUGUACGUAGUUGUGCGUUCGAUUGUUUCAUCUGGCAGCUGCUUAGUAAGUCACCUCAUCAUCAUUGUUGUACAGAAUUACAGCGGCAGCGCGUACUACAAAGUAGCAACUUCCUGAUCACCUUCCGUUAUUUCUCAACUUCCUGAUCCGUACUACAAAGUAGCAACUUCCGUUAUUUCUCAACUUCCUGAUCAACCGACGUAGAAACUUCUACUAGAUGGUUCUUCUUGAGUCCUCAAGUCAAAGUUCUAACUCAAAAAGCUUCUACGACUUGGCUUCGUCAAGCAUAUGCCUACGGAGAAGGCGUGGGAGCAUGGACUUGUAUUCUUCGCUGCCCAAGAUCAAUUAAGGGUUGGAAGUUGGCAUCUCUAUGGGCAUCUCUAUGGUCCCUUCAAGUAGGAAAGCCAUAGUAGAUAUGCGAGCUAGAGCGGUCAACUUUCAACCCCUAAAUCAAGUCGAAGCGUGGAUCCGAGACUUGAGGACUUCAAACAAACACAGCAACAGUGGGACGAUGAGCAACUACAACAGCUGCUCUGCAACUGCUUUCGCAAGUGGAAGCAAUGCUGGAUCAACUGCACAGUCGACGUUUCUGCCAAAGAACCCACUACGAGUUGGAUUUUCAACAGCAUUUGAAUCUUGGGCAAAGAGGUUGGAAAGUGGAUCAUGAUGAUGAUUUCCACCCUAGAUAAAAUUGUUGCGCCUGAUAGAUUUCUUUGUUGACUGAGCAUUAGCAUUAACAAGUAAGAACCGUUCGUGAGUUUCAUCGACAAAUAUCAUCGGGAUGUAUUCACUAGAAGAACCCGACAGUAAUAUCUUUGCGUCAUUCUGUCCAAUAGACGAGCGUCGUUGGUGACUGAUUCAAGCUUUCUGUUGAUUUAAAA